AUGGUUGUAAUGGCACAGGGCAGAAGAGACCUUGAAGAGCCUGAUACGCUUUCCCUCCCUGCGGGACAUAUGAGACAUUGGAUAACAGACAAAACUGCAGCUUCUAGUCCUGUGUCUAAUAAAAUCAAGGAGCUUUUUAUUGCUUUGCUAACAACUAGAGAAGAAGACAAAAACCAAGAUGGCAAAAUGGAUCAGUUGCAUUUUAGAUUGGAACUUCCGCUGCAACCUACAGAGCAUGUAAUUGGUGUUCAGCUGAUUCUACUCUUUUCCUACCACCUUUAUAGGAUGUCAACGCUUGUGAUGCAGAGCAUGGCUUUUCUUCAGUAUUUUUCUCCUGUGCCAGGGUCUCAGCUCUAUAUGAAUGGAGACCUGAAACUGAACCAGAGGCAAUUACUUAACUAUUGUGGAUUGGAUACCAGAUACAACGUGUCUGUGGUGAAUGGCACAAGUCCCUUUGCGAGUGACUAUGAUCUAACAAACAUCAUUGCAGCAUAUUGGGAUAGAAAUGUUACAACAGUCUUUGCAGAUCCCAACCCUCUCUGGAUGGCUGGAAGAGCAGCAGAUACACCAUUUAUCAUUAACGCCACUAUUCAUUACCCAGUGGAAGUUAUUAAAUAUCAGCCAGGAUUUUGGGAAGUGAUUAAAUUUGCCUGGAUCCAGUAUGUCAGCAUUCUCCUUAUCUUCCUUUGGGUGUUUGGUAGGAUUAAAAUGUUUAUAUUCCAGAAUCACGUGUUAACUACAACUUCAGUAACACCAGUUUUGCCAGUGUCUCCAGUACUGUCCUACAAACAGCACCAGUCCUGA